AUGUGUGCCAAAGCAUUCAUUCUUUUCUUCGCUCAAGCGCUCAUGGUUCAGACCAUAACUGCCUACUGCUUGGGCAACGGACUGGCCUACGAAGGUUCCUUGAUUGAUGGUGCUCCCUGCGGCUGCCAAUGGGGAGGCUUAGGCUUGGCUGGUUACGGUGCCGGUUGCGGUCUAGCUGCAGUUCCAACUGCUAGCGGCGGUGGUUUCCCUGUCGCCAGCGCGUCUCCCAUCCCGCCUGUUGGAGUAUCUGUUCUCUCAGAGAACGAGAUCGGAGGAAUCCUGUCUGCCUUUGGUGAACUUCCUUUCCUAGGCACCGUUGGUCUGGAGGGUGUGCUUCCAACUGCUGGCGCUGGUGCCGUCUCUUACAGUUGCGGAAACGGUGCCGUAGGUAUAAUAAGCGAAGACAUUUCCGCGUCCACUUUGGGCUACCCGGUCAACGCUGGAUUGGGUUACGGCCCUGGUUUUGCUAACGGAUUCGGUUACGGUCCCGCUUUCGCUGGACGCGCCAUCGGAGGUUGCGGAUGCGGAGAUCUUCAAGCGAAUGCGACAGCAAAUUUGGAUUGUAUCUAUUUAGAGGUGAGCCAGUUAGCCAAUUCAUUGGAAAUGAGACACCGAAAGAAAUACCUCAUCCUUAGCGGAGUAUCUGAAAAGGCUGAUGAGAAUAAAGCUGGUAUUGUUACCACAAAUAAAAACAACCUUGUUCCAUUCUUUUAUGUUGACACAAUGAAUCAAAAUACUUUUUAG